GCCGUAGUAGUAGUACUACGUGUGUGUGACUCGUUUGUUGUCAUAACGUCGUUUGGUCUCUCCCGUGGUCCUUUCUUGUUCGAAUCGUUCUUUUGUUCUUUUGUUCCCUUUGUUCAGUAUGGCCGGGGUACCUCUGAAUAGGGAUGGUUGCUUUCACUGUGGGGCCCUGAAUCAUUGGAUUCGGGAAUGUCCACAUCGCUUGGCGGGCCCAAGGUUGCCCGCUACGGGAGCUAAUGCUAUCCCGACCGGUCCUCCGCUUUUAAUUUUUCCUGCACCGAAUAUCGUGUCUUCGUCGACAGCUCCGUCGUCUACUUUUGCACCAUCUUCAUCGAGCCACCAGCAGGCUCAAUCGAAUGGAGGAGGCAACCGAGGGUACCAGAAAACAAACUGGUGGACGAGAAAUCAGGAAAGGUUGGACGCAGUUUAUAAUAAGUUUGUUGAAGAUUCGGCCAAGGAGGCCAAGAGGAAGGAGGACGAGGAAAAGGCGAGAAUUAAAAAAGAGGAGGAGGAGAAACAAUUGAAAUGGAAGAAGGAGCAGCUUGAAGCAGAGAUGGGCGAACGAUUGGAAAAGAAGCUUGAGGCGAUAGGCAUAUCCAUGAAGGGCAAAUCUUCUGACGUGUCUAGCGUUAUUGGAGUGAAGAAUGAUGAGAUUGAUAGACUUCGAAAAGAAAACGAAGAACUGAAAAGGAGAAUGAACGAUUUGUUGGGACGAUCGGGCGACGACAAGGUGGCCUACCUUCAGAAGGAUAUCACGGAGCUUCGCAAGAUGAUUGCGGAUAAACAAGUGGAUGAAGAUUCGGUCUACGCUCUGAAGGAAGAGAUUCGGGAGUUGAAGCAGUCAGCUUACGUGAAGACCAAUUUCGAGUGUGAGAUCGUUGGACUUAAGUGCGAGAUUGAUCAGCUACGCGCGCAAAACGAGCGGGAUAUUGGCAAAGCUAAACUUUGGAAGGAUGAAGCGCUAAGGCCGGGUAAUAAGCAAGGUAAUGUGGCGAUUAGCACUCCUGACUGUGCUGAUCGGGGGUCACCGAAGCCACGAUGGACAAGUAAUGUGAGGGAGGCGGAUAAGUGGAAGGAGGACUAUCGCAACCUGAGGAAUUUACACCGACUGACAAAUAUCGAAGCCGAAGCGCUGAAGGAAAAGCGCGUGGAACCUGAGAUGAAGAGAAUUGAGGCAGAAAAACAGGUCAAAAAGUUGGAGGAAGAGAUGGCGAAAUUAACUGCCAGUGGUGCCAAAUCCGUUGAGGGAGGAGGGACUAACCUUAAGGACAAACUUGAGGAAGCCGCAGUUCGAUCCGCUCGCAAAGGGUUGAAGGCGACGUCGGGCAGAGAUGCUGCCAAAUCGUUUGCAGAAGCAUCAUCGAAGGAGAUCAAUAACCGCGGACUUCUUUGAACAACAGAAGAAGCAGCUUCGCAUGUUACGUAAGGCGGGGCUGGAGCCGCUGUGCAAGGAGCACAACGACAAGCUCAACAAAUUUGAGGAUCCGGUCUGUGAGUUGGCGGAGGCUAUGACUAAUAAGGCAUUUCCGGACGAUAAGAACAAAGGUCCCGUGUACGAGGUCUGUUGCGAAAGAAACCAGGAGCGAUUGCGAUUGCGCAAUGCUCUCUCGUGAUUUCCCUCGAGUCAAUGGCUACGUAUGCUUUCGCAUUAAUGACUGGACGAUGGCUCCCGACUGGUUAAGGAACAAUCGGAACAUUGUCUGACCAGCCAAAACCGAUGUCAUUGGAAGGUUGAAGAAACAAAUUAAUGCUUCGAUU